UAUUUCACAUUUCACGGUUCUUAUUGAAUACGCCCAUGUUGAAGAGAGGAUGGAAAAUCAUGUUAAAAAGUCCGUGGACACCACCAAGGACCCGUGCCAGAAUGUGAAGUGCAGCCGCCAUAAGGUGUGCGUCGCUCAGGGCUACCAGCGGGCCAUGUGCAUCAAUCGCAAGAAAAUGGAGCAGAGAGUCAAACAGUCAGAGCCGGUGGAGACUCAUGAAAACGGCUGCAAGCCUUGUCCUGUUACUGCUUCCUCACCUGUAUGCGGCUCUGAUGGACACAACUACGCCUCUGAGUGUAAGCUGGAGCAGCAGGGCUGCCUCACCAGCAAAGAGCUGAGCAUCAUGUGUGCUGGUUUCUGCCCCUGCACCACAGCCUCCGUUACCCUCUCAAAUACUGACACAAAGCGUGAGAGCUGCACUGGCCAGGACCUGGCAGACUUGGGAGACCGCCUGAGAGACUGGUUCCAACUCCUUCAUGGAAACGCGAAGCAGAAUAACUCUGGCAAGCUCAGAGCUGGCACCGCUUCAGUGCUGGACAAGAGCCUCGUAGCCAGCUGCAAGGACUCCAUCGGCUGGAUGUUUUCGAGGCUGGACACCAACAGUGACCUGUAUCUGGACCAGGCUGAGCUGGCUGCUAUUAACCUGGACAAGUACGAGGUCUGCAUCCGACCUUUCUUCAACUCCUGUGACAGCUACAAGGAUGGGAAGGUCUCUACAGCAGAGUGGUGCCUCUGCUUCUGGAGAGAAAAGCCGCCGUGCCUCGCUGAGCUGGAGAGGAUCCAAGUGCAGGAGGCGGCCAAGAAGAAGCCCGGGAUGUACAUUCCCAGCUGCGAUGAGGACGGCUACUACAGGAAGGUUCAGUGUGACCAGAGCCGAGGGGAGUGCUGGUGCGUCGACCAGCAUGGAGGAGAGAUGAUGGGCACCAGAAUCCACGGCAACCCUGACUGUGAUGAAGUAGCGGGAUAUUCUGGAGAUUUUGGGAGUGGAGUGGGAUGGGAGGAUGAAGAGGAGAAGGAGGCAGAGGACACCGGAGAGGAGGCGGAGGAGGAGGAAGAGGAGGAGGGCGAGGCAGACGAUGGAGGAUACAUCUGGUAGAGUUGUCUGACCCCACGCGGAGAGCCGAGUCACAGCCGCUAGCCUGAAAACCUACAGGGAAGGCUCUCUCUCUCUCUCUUCAAAGCAAAAGAUUUUGGGAUCGGACCUGGGAGGCAUGGAGCUGUGUUUCAUUCUGGUGCCGGGCGGGUCAAGGGAUGAGACAGAUGACCAGUUUUUGUCUUAGAUAUGUGUAAUGCUUCAUUCUCUUGUCUCUGUUUUUUUUUUGAGCAACAGAGCUUUUUGUUUUGCCGUCCUGAAAAAGCAGGACCCACUGACUACUGCACCAUAGGUAGCUAAAGUCCAUCAGAGUUCCUAUCUUGUCCAACCGCCAUCUAUGCAUAUAGAGAUUACCAGUCAUUUUUGUAUUGUGUGAACAACUGCUUGAGUAUUAGAGUCGCCGUCGCACUGAACUGACUAGGGAUCAGAAUUUAAAGGAAAAGUUAGACAUUUUGUGAAACUGGCUUGUUUGCUGUCUUGCAAAGUUUUAAGAGAAACUCUAUACCAUUUUUGUGUCGAAUAUGAAGCUAGAGCAAAGAGACAGUUAGCUUAGCUUAGCAUAAAGCUCAGAAACAGUGGGGGAACAGUUGUCUCUCUCAAAAUAUUAAAAAAAUUCAGACCUACCAAAACCUUAAAAAUCCACUAGUUAACCUCUUAUAUGUUGUUUGUUAAAUCCCAAAACACAGAAUAACGACAUGUUGCUUUAUUAUUAAAACUAUCCGGGAAGUCACUGCGCCAGGAAAAAAAAUUGUCUGGCUCAUAACCCGUUGUAAAAAAGCUUAUUGUUUAUACAGCUUUUGUACGAAUUAAGCAAACAAAACUGCUUCCCUCCCUGGUUCAGUUGACAGAUUGUUUCUGCUGCCCUCAAGUGGCCAAAAAAAGCAGGUAUUGCCGCUUUGAGCUAAGCUAACCUUCUCUUGGUUGUAGCUUUAUAUUAACCUUACAGACAAAAGUAGUAUACAUUUUCUCCUCCAUCUCAAAAUAGAUAGUAAAUAAGCUUAUUUCCCAUCAUUUCUAUCUAACUAUACAGUUAAAGCAUUUCAGUGCAAAGUGGUUAUAUAUGUCCAAUCUGAUUCUGUAUAUAAAUCCAAUGCAAAUUAUCUGUGAAGCGUGCUUAGAGGAUUUCAGGUUGCCACAGGUUUAAUCUACUUUUCUGAUAAAGGUGCACCAGAGCUCAUAGCAGUUUAUAAAUCUUACUUAUGAAUUAAGUGGAUACACACAACUAUAAAGGACCUACAUUUCCAGUUGGAUUACUUUUAUUGAAAACCUGUAGAAUGUACUAUAACGGGCCAAACUGCAGUAGAAACCACUAGUCGCUGUCCUCUGCUAACUGUGAAAUCAUGUCAAAGAAUGUGCCACAACUAUGUUUUAUUUUGAGUUUGCAACUUGAAAAAACUGUAUUUUGUGUUUAUGAAGAAAAAAAAAUGUGUGCAUUACUUGAAGUUAUGUGUGUAUACUUGAAUUCACAUUGUAUUUUUUUUUCUAUGAGAAUAUUGUUGCCAUGUUGUCAUUCAUGCUAUUGGUAGGCCAGACAUUUGGUUGUUUUUAGUAUUGCAUGUUAGUAAAUAAGAAUGUACUUCUAGGC